CCAUAGCAGGAGCAUAAACAAUCACCAGUGAGCUGUAGAGUGUGUAAUUUGAGCGUAAGCAAUAUCAAUAAAUCAGUCUAGUUUGGUUUAAGAAACUCUUCGGGGCAGUAAUAUUUCAAAACGCCAAGUAAAAUAAGUAUCGAGUAAAGACGAGCCAACUUGUAAUUUUUAGUCACUUUUUUUUUGAAGAAACAUUACAGACAGCCACAUUUCCUGUGUUCAAGCAGUAACUAAUGGCUGGAAAGGUUCUCUGCGAGGCAUCAAAACUGUACAACAUCCUAAAUCAAUACACUCAUCUACCAAGGCUUGCAGAAAGCAACUAUCUUUGUCUGAUUGAUGCUCGUGCAGCUGAAUCAUAUAACUUCAGCCACAUCAUUAAUGCCAGAAAUGCAAAAUGGGAUUCUGAUGGGAAGUUUAUUAUGCCCUUGGAUGUUGAGGUUGAAAGUAUGAAGCAUAUCAUUGUCUAUGACAGUAGUACACAUUCUCUGUCAGAUUCAGGUCCAGCUAUAGACUGUGCAGACAGCAUAGAAAAAGCGAGCCAAUUUCCAGUUCAGAUUCUUAGUGGAGGCUAUGAGAAGUUCUCUGCACUCUACCCUUUCUUAAGAACGCAAAAGAUUAUUUACACUAUUAAGGAAUUGGAGAGCUUGAAUCCCUAUCCUGUGGAAAUCUUGCCAGGCAAACUUUACAUGGGUGAUUACAGGCAGGCCACAAACCUGCAAAUCCUUAAAGAUCUGAAGAUGAAUGCACUUGUCAAUCUCUCUGAUGAAUGCAGUCUAGUGUUUAAAAAGGCAAACUGCACUGUCUUACACAUCCGAAUUGCAGAUUCUUCAGAUGCAGAUUUGAUUGCUUCAUUUGAGAGAAUAUGCAUUUUUAUUGGUUCACAUCUCAAUACUUCUUGUUCUGUUCUGAUAUUCUCUACUCUUGGAGUAAGCCGAUGCAGUGCUGUAACAAUGGCAUAUCUUAUGCAUCACCUUAAAUACACACUAAAGGAGGCGUGGAAUCAUAUUCAGCAGUGCAAAGCCAACAUGAGGCCAAAUCGCGGAUUCGUACAGCAACUUUCUGACUGGGAACUUCAGACUGUUGGGAAGAAAAUAACAGAUAUAUCUGAACCCAACUACUGACAAUAACAAAAUUUAACAGAAACAUCAUAUUAAAUGACUUUCUACAGUCAGUGAUGAUACUGAAUCAUAGAUUAUUUAAUAUUAAUAUAUUCAUUACAUACCUGUAAACACACUACAGACAAUAUUAGAAUGUACAAAAUAGGGUAACACUUUACAAUAAGGUUCCAUUAGUUAUGUUAGUUAAUGCAUUCACUAGCAUGAACAAACAGUGAAUGAUACAUAUAUAACAGUGUUUAUUAAUCUUUGUUAAUAUUAAUUAAAAAAUCAUUGUUAGUUCAUGUUAAUUCACAGUGCAUUAAGUAAUGUUAAAAAGCACAACUUUUGAUUUUAAUAAUGCAUUAGUAAGUGUUAACAUUAACUAAGAUUAAUAAAUGCUUUAGAAGUAUUGUUCACUGGUUAGUUCAUGUUAAUUAAAGUAGUUAACUAAUGAACCUUAUUGUUAAGUGUUACCCAAAAUAGUUAAAGUUGCAGUAGGUAACUUCUGUAAAAAAUAUAUUUUUUACAUAUUUGUUAAACCUGUCAUUUUGUCCUGACAGUAGAAUAUGAGACAGAUAAUCUGUGAAAAAAUCAAGCUCCUCUGGCUCCUCCCAGUGGUCCUAUUGCCAUUUGCAGUUACAGACCGCUCCCGGUAAGAAAUCAACCAAUCAGAGCUGCGGUCCGUAACUUUGUUUGUGUUCAAAAUGUAGAAAAAUGUAUAUAAUAAGCGACUACACCAUGAAUCCAUUUUCCAAACCGUGUUUUUAGCUUGUCCUGAAUCACUAGGGUGCACCUAUAAUAAGUGUUUAUAUUCGGACUAUUUUAGAUUGCUUCGGGGGUACCGCGGCGGAGUAACCCAGUACCUUUGUGAUUCUUCAUAGACAUAAACAGAGAGAAGUAGUUCCGGCUACGAUGUUCUUCCGCAAGAUGCAAGCAGUUCUGUUUAUUAACCGCUAAAGCGUCAAAAGUUACCUACCGCAGCUUUAAUAUACAGAGUUGAUAUAUGCCACUAAGAGCAGUUUAUGUCAUAAGACCAAUUAUAAGUCUGCAUUUUCUUCAAUUUUGCUAUAUAUGUUGUUUCAACACAUAUAAUAUUUAUAAUAAGAAUGUUGUGAUUUUAUUCAACCUUUUUUCAUUUUUCUGCCAAUAAAAUAUUCCAAUGACCUAAUAAGAAGUUCUGUCUAAAAUGUCAACACUGACCCUGAACUUUGGUUAUAUAAAGUUGGUAUAUUCCCUUUGCCACUCUAUUAGACGGUGGGCCGAGGGGAGAUUUCGUGUUUUCAAACGAUCUGUGGCGAGGGAUAACCCAGUUUUUUAUAUG